CGCAUGCGCUCUCCGCGAAGAGGAAGAAGGCAUCAUGUCGAUAGAAGACCCGUUUUUCGUUGUGAAGGGGGAGGUGCAGAAGGCCCUUUCUCGUGCUCGGGGCCUGUUUGACAGGUGGGAGGAACUGCUGCAGGAUGGGACACAGGUGAGUCGGGAUGAGCUGGACUGGAGCACCAACGAGCUGAGGAACUGUCUGAGGGCCAUCGACUGGGACCUGGAGGACCUCAGCGAAACCAUCAGUAUCGUGGAGUCAAACCCGGGGAAGUUCAAACUGGGCGACAAUGAGCUUCAAGAGAGGAGAGACUUCGUGGAGAGAACCAGGAAAUCUGUCCAGGAUAUGAAGGAUCAUCUGUCCAGCCCGACGGCCGUGGCUCAGGCUGAGAAGAAGAACAGGCAGGCUCUGCUGGCUUCGUCGGGUCAGGACAGGUCGACGGGUCUGGAGGCUCAUCUGGUGUCUGCAAACUCCAGGUACAUCCAGGAGCAGCAGGAGCAACAGCAGCUGAUCAUGCAGGAGCAGGACGAGCAGCUGGAGCUGGUGGGGGGCAGCAUCCGAGUCCUCAAGGACAUGUCUGGACGGAUCGGAGACGAGCUGGACGAGCAGGCCGUGAUGUUGGGAGAGUUCGGGGACGAGAUGGAUCAGACGUCGUCCCGCAUGGACUCGGUCCUGAAGAAGCUGGAGAAAGUGUCUCACAUGACGAGCAGUCGGAGGCAGUGGUGCGCCAUCGGCGUGCUGGUCGCCAUCAUGGUCGUGGUCCUCAUCCUCUUCUUCGCCCUCUGAUGUCGGAGGACGACGACGACCUCUGACCUCUCGCCCCGGUUUCACCGACUCCUCCGCACCAGGAAGCAGGAUGGGAAGACGGGACGUGGCCGCCUCCUCUUCCCCCUCCUCCCUCUCCUCCUCCUCCUCCUCCUCCUCCACGUCCCCUCGUCACGCUGAGGAGAAACCUGCGACCGCGCAGAGAACCCGUCUCCUCUUUGCUUUUAACGGAUGGACUGUGGUGGUUUAGCAUGAGGAGGAGGAGGAGGAGGAGGAGGAGGAGGAGGAGGAGGAGGGGGCUCGGUGGUGUUACGUAUUUCAUAUUGGUGCAAAUUGUAGAAAAUAACGGUACUGUCGCCACUGCUGCUGCUGCUGCUGCUGGGCUACAAAACACAACUAUUUUCAUACAUUUUACCAAGAACAUUUGAAACUAACGAGUUUCCGGUGAAUCUGCGACAUCACUAACGAGCCCCGUUAAUCUGAACCCAACUCAAAACCUGAUUCUGAGCAGAUUUACUGACAGAAGAAGAGUUUUUAGAUGAAUAAAUGUAGUUAUUUGUGUUUUAAGCCAACAGCAGCAGCAGCAGCAGCAGCAGCAGCAGCACGGGAGGGAGGGAGGGAGGGAGGGGUUUCUCAGUGUUGCCUUAAAAUAUAUUUUUUUACACCGUUUUGGAAAUGUGCAGUACGUUCAUGUGCCUACGUGUGAAUCAGGGUCAGAAGGUCCCGCCAACGGCGCGCGGGGUUCCCCUCCCGUCCCCAAUAAAAAAAAAACGGAUGCCACACGAACACGUUUCAGGUGCAGAGAGAUUGUUUGCGGCGGGAACAAAAGGGAAAGCGCUCGUCCUCCGCCAGGUGCCGGCUUCGCUCGUCUGUCUGAAGCGCGCAGAGAUUCCCGCCUGAUCCUGUGUGAGAAAACGGAUCGUUUCACGGCCGAGGUGAGGCGAGGUCUGCAGGCGAGAGGCCCGCCCUCGUGCCCCCGCGGACGUCCGAGCUCCAGGAUUGGCCGAGGCUCCGUUGCGCUCGGAGACAACCUCGGCUGGUUUAUUGAAAAGCUUUUCAGAGAAGGAGGGGAAGGGACGGUUGCUGGGCAGGAUGCGUUCGCGCCGAGCCCAGGUUUAAGCUCACGGCGCCCUCAGCUGGACGGUCACGGUAGUUCUUUGUCUCACGCACUAAGAUGUGUUGCAGCUGUAAAUACAAACAAAUGCUUUAAUUUUUUUUUUCUUUUCUCUUUCCAUGUGUGUGAACGGACACUGUUCUUGUACCAAAGCUUUGAGCUCACUCUUCUUUGUUUUUGAUCUUGUGUGAUAUCUCGAUAUCUUAAUUCAAGCCGCAAAUUACAGUUAAUUCCAAACGUUUUGGAGAAUUUCUCGUUUUACCGAAGGGGUCAGAGGUUUUUUUUUUUUUCUCUUGGUACAGGUUUGGUUUA